GCGGAAAGCGCGACACCUCACGAGCCGGCAGCAGCGACACCAUCAUCUGGAAUCGAGCUUGACAGUCCUCCCGCCAACGACGUACUCGAUCAACAUCAACAUGGCUUCACAAGAGGAGCAACCCUACCGCGCCAAGGACUCUCUGGGCUCCGCGAUCAAGGCCGCCAUGGUCACCACUGGUGCUGGUCUCUUCGUCUCGACCGUCCAAAACACCCUCACCAAGCAGAACCAUGGUGCUAUGGGCGCCUUCACAAAGUUCGGUGGAACUACCGCUGUCUACGGCGCCAUGGGAGCCGCCUACGAAUUCACCAGGUGCGCAUCAGCCAACCUUAGACAAAGAGACGACGCCUGGAACUCCGCCUGGGGUGGUCUCGCCGGUGGUGCAAUGCUCGGUCUCAGACUCCGCACCGCUCCCGCCGUCGCUGGUUACGGAACUGCUCUGGCUGUGAUCCUCGGUACCUGGCACUUUGCUGGUGGCAAGAUCACCGGCUACCAAGUUGAUGACACAGUGGACGAGGUUGCCCGAAAAGAAUACUUGCGCAAGAACAGAAGGAGACCAAUGGAGGAGACUCUUCAGCAGGUCGGCGAGGGACGCGGAAUCUACGGACCUGGAUACCCCGAGAGAAGAGCAGAGAGACUCCAGCAAAACUACGGCAUCCAAGUGCCAACCGCUGCUUCUUCAUAGACUCUCAAUAUUUGUAGAUACCUUUUACGCCGUUAUUUCCUCUGUCCAAGAUCAUACCUUCGAGAUACUCAUAUAAUCCUGGGCGGCUUCGCGUGAAGCAUGACACGAUCGUCUUACAUAUUGGCCGGAACCACAUGCGCAGGACGGUCGCUCGGAGCGGGAUCGUCUUUGCUUUUCAUUGACACCACAUAUGCCAUGAUUUGUGCCUGAAUGGCAAGUAUAGUGAAGAGUCCACUGAGUGCGCGUUACGCGAACUAGAAUAGACUUUCAUAGUCUGCCGUUCAUGCUUCGACAUAUGAUUGCAAGUGGUAUAUGAGAAGAUGAACCAGUAUCUGAUCCCCCGUCUGUCUGAUCUCUC